GUCGCGACAACGAAUUAUUUCUCAGUCAGUAGUUUAAUCGUUUGGUGGUUGAGCACGAAAUGUUUCACAUUUUGAUUUUUGUCUCGGUUCUAUUGAUAACAACCAAAGUGAAUUCCAUUCCAUUCAAUGCUUCGGCACACAUAAUUGCUCCCAGACUAAACCCAUCCAAUUCGUUUUUGACAUCAUUCAACUACGACGUCUCGUCAGUAUGUUCCUGUUCCGGUUCAAAUACUUUACGUUCGAAUGGUAUCUGGACCAGCUGGGACGAUAAAAGAGGAUCGAGACCUGAUAAUGCAGUUUAUUGCGGUGGAUUGUAUGUGAUGAGAGUGCAAUUUAACAAUAACGGGCUGAUUGUUGGAAAGUAUUCGCCCGAAGUCAAGGGAGCCUGGAUUCCUUAUGGCGGUUACGAGCAUGGUGGCUUUGCUAGUUUCGAGAUACUGCGCCAUACCAACUACGUAUGGGAAGGUAACAAAAACAAUCAAAAUUUAUGGAUACCUGGUGGAAAAACAGCGUCUGGAAGUGAUAUCUAUAUUUGCAGUGUUUUUCAUGUCACAAAUCCUGGCCAAGUAUAUCCAGUAGCAUAUGAUAUUCCUGGUAAAUACGAUAGCGGUCGUUGCUACAUUUCAUAUGGUGGCCUAGAAUAUGGUUACGACCAGGUCGGCAGUGGACCUGGACAGUAUGAAAUUUUGAAAAGAUUGAAUUAAAAGUUUGAAUUGAAAUUGAAGUA